AUGGCGCCGCCACUGCUCACAGGUGCAGCUCGCUCCGUGACCUCCGCCGCUCCUCUUCUAGUCGUCGUCCCUUGGCCGUCGUCAUCACUCGUCGCCCGCUGUCGUCGCUCGUCGCUUGCCCAUCGUCACUUGCCCGUCGUCGCAGAUCAGAUCAGUCUCACCGUCUCAAUUGCUCCGCUUUAUCUUAUUCGUUGCUUUUGUCUGUUGGGCAGUGACUCAGUGUAUGUUGGUGUGGGUGUUGGUUGUGAUUGGGGGAUGGUUUGUGCUUGUCUGUUGAGUGGGGUAGGGAUAGAUGGGCUGAUGGGCAGUGAGCACAUGGGGCAUGAUAUUGGUAAGCAAGGAGGAGGUGACACUUUUGUAACGAAGGGAUUCAAACUUUGGAAUCAGAAAGAUAAGUUAAAUUCCCAUGUUGGAGGAGUUAAUAGUGCUCAUUACCAAGCUGUCCAAAAGUGUAAUGAUCUGUUGAAGGAAAAGCAACACAUUCAAAGUGUUUUUGUUAAGCAAUCAAAUCAAGAUAAAAUUGACUAUCAGAUUCAAUUAAAUGCAAUAGUUGAUUGCAUAAGAUUCCUUUUAUGCCGGGGAUUAGCUUUUCGUGGUCACGAUGAAUCUCAAGGUUCAAGUGAUAAAGGAAAUUUCCUUGAGCUUGUACAAUUUUUGGGGGAUCACAAUGAAUCUAUCAAUGAAGUAUUGCAAAAAGCUCCGAAAAAUUGCAAGCUUACCCACCCUGACAUUCAAAAAGACAUUGUGAAUGCAAUUGCACGUGAAACAUCCAAAGCCAUCAUCAAGGAUCUUGACAAUGGGUUCUUUUCAAUAUUAGUUGAUGAGUCACGUGAUAUCUCAGUGAAAGAACAAAUGGCCCUCGUUCUUCAUUAUGUGAACAAAGAAGGAAUUAUUAUAGAGCGAUUCCUUGGUAUUGUACAUGUAGCAAGUACUACCGCUUUGUCACUCAAGCAUGCUAUUGAAUGUUUACUUUCUGAACAUAAUUUAAGUUUAUCGAACCUACGUGGGCAAGGUUAUGACGGGGCUAGUAAUAUGCAAGGUGAUAUCAAUGGUCUCAAAACUUUAAUUUUGAAAGAGAACAAGUCAGCAUUUUAUGUCAAUUGUUUUGCUCAUCAACUUCAAUUGACACUUGUUGCUGUUGCUAAAAAUCACAUUAACAUUGUUGAAUUUUUUUAUGUGGUUAGUAAUUUAGUAAUUGUUGUUAGAGACUCUUGUAAGAUACGAGAUGCUCUUCGAGAUACACAAUUUGCCAAAAUUAAAGAAGAUUUAGAGAAUGGUGUACGUAAAAGUGGGCAAGAUAUGCAACUUCAAGAGCUUAACAACCGUUUUUCUGAGGCGAAUACCAAUUUGCUACUUUGUAUGGCUUGCUUGAAUCCAAGUAAUUCAUUUGUGGCUUUCGAUAAGGAAAAGUUGAUACAUCUAGCUAAGUUCUAUCCUUCUGAUUUUCUUGGGACAGAUAUUUUGGCACUUGACUCUCAACUGCAGAAUUAUAUUUUUGAUAUGCGCAGCAAUGACUUCUUUUUAGAGCUUCAAGGAGUUAGUGAACUUGCUGAAAAGUUAGUGAGCACAAGAAAACAUGAGACUUAUCCAUUAGUCUAUUUGCUAGUGAAGCUAGCUUUGACCCUUCCAGUUGCUACUGCAACAGUAGAAAGAAGUUUUUCAGCAAUGAAAUAUGUAAAGAAUGAACUGCGCAAUCGAAUGGGAGAUUAA